UGGUGAAAUUCUUCCGAGCGAGCUUUCAAGAGUGGGACUGUGGGAUUGCCACCACUUAAUCGGGCACCUAAAUUAAUCACCCAAAAAUACUCUUUUUGUCAACAUUAUAUCUAUAACACGUAGCGCCCGGGUCUCAAGUGCAGAUAAUGGAGUACGUUGACUUCAAUGCAAAAGGUUCACCCAAUAAAAAUGCAAGCGGAGAGACGGUGCAGAUCAAGAGAAAUACAAUUCUCUGUUGUGAAUGUGGAGUAAGAAUUGAGUCUAAUUCUCAUAAUAUGUGUCUGAGUUGUUUACGUGAUCACCUAGACAUUACGGCCAAUAUAUCGAAACAAGUCGAAUUGCAGUUCUGUCGGAAUUGUGAACGGUAUCUGCAACCACCCGGUGAAUGGAUAAAUGCCCGAUGGGAAUCACGAGAGUUGCUGGGGUUGUGCCUGAAAAAGGUGAGAGGUUUGAAAGAUCUACACUUAAUCGAUGCCUGCUUUAUAUGGACAGAGAAACAUUCCAGGCGGAUCAAGGUUAAACUGGUUGUGGAGGGUAAUGAGGCGGACCAUUCUUCGCUGCGACAAGGUGCCAUUGUGGAAUAUACCAUACAAAACCAAAUGUGCCACGAAUGUCAUCGUGUUGAGGCGAAGGAUUAUUGGCGUUGUGUGGUCCAGGUUCGCCAGCAUGCUGAAAAUAAGAAAACCUAUUUGUAUUUGGAGCAGCUGAUACUUAAGCACAAGGCGCACGAAAACACCCUGGGCAUCAAGCCAAUGCAUGGUGGUUUAGAUUUUUAUUUUGCCACAGAAAAUCAUGCGCGGAAAUUGGUGAACUUUUUGGAGAGCAUGGUACCGGUGAAGGUGACUUCAUCAAGGCGUCUAAUAUCCCACGACAAGAAUAGCAACAUCCAUCAUUAUAAGUACACAUGGUCGGUGGAAAUUGCCCCGCUCUCCAAGGACAGUUUGGUGUGUUUAUCUCCUAAAUUUCGUCACAUCUUGGGCAAUAUACCACCCUUGUGUUUGGUGCAUCGUGUAACCCAUGGCAUGCAUUUAAUUGAUCCCGUGUCCGGACAGAUUUCCGAACUAAAUGGUCUCAAUUAUUUUCGUUCUCCCUUCGAGGCUAUAUGUAAUCCUAGGCAGUUAGUGGAGUACAUCGUAAUGGAUAUUGAACCAGUGCAACAGGGAUCUCAUAAACCAUCAUCAGCCACCAAGGGGCAAAUACACAUGUCGGAACGCCACUUAUUGUGUGAUGUUUGGUUGGUACGUGCCUCCCAACUGGGCACAAAUGACAAUACAAUACAUGCCCGAUCUCAUUUGGGACACAUCUUAAAUGUUGGCGAUUCCGUAAUGGGCUACAGCAUGACAGAGGCUAAUAUAAAUGAGCAGGAAUUUGAAAAACUUAAAAGUCAUCAAAUUCCCGACAUUAUUUUGGUGAGAAAACUGCACGAUCGACAAGCGGGCAAUAAGAAGCGUUCUUGGAAAUUAAAACAUUUGACCUAUGGUGCGGUCGAUGAAAGUCUGGUCAAAGAUAAACUUGAUUUCAUUGAAGAUCUAGAAGAGGACGCCGAGUUGCGAAAGAAUAUAAAUGUUUAUGGAGAUAAGACGAAACCGCAAACAGAAAUGGGUGAGGAAGACAACAGCACGGAUGUUGAUCUUGCUGAAAGAUUAGAUGAAAGUGCCAGCUUGGGAUCGACAAUAAAUGAAAAUGAAACAGAAGAUAAAAGAUGACAAACCAAGUGAUUGAUGGAAAAUUUAGAAUAGUUGCAGGAUAUCGAUCGAUAUAUCCUAUAAUUGAACAAUAUUGAUAUAUUUUUCAAUAUUUACUUGAAGUUGCAAAACUUAUUAAUUUGGUCGGGUUUUUUUCAUUGCAAUCAGUGCAAUAAUGUGUUCAUAAG